UGCUUUUCAUCACCUGUACGAGUAGACCUGGCCAUGCUGGCUUACAAUCGUCACCACUCAUAAUCGCACUACUAACACUCACCACUCACCUCUCCCCAUUCACAUCUUGGGUACCUCGCACUAACCUGGCAUUCCUGGUUAAACCCACCGGGUGAGAUUUGACCUUGUUGCCUUUCAGAUGUCAAGCCCAUACCCAUCAUCAUAACCACCGACCACCAACGCCCCCACUAGGGCCACCUUGACUCGAUUGGAAUCUAUUCUCGGUCCGUCGUCGCAGACUCACACUCGCAGCCUUUCUCACUUUGCCGCCUGCACCCCGACAAACCCGCUCACAAACACAAAACCAACACCUUCUACCCAACUCACCGUUGCCCUCACCUGUUACAUGUCACUCGCCUCCUUCUCACACACACUCAAACAUCACUCUCCAUCACCCACUUUGACUCUUUCUUCCCGCUGUGGGAUUUUACUCUUCAAUUUGCCAAUAUUCUGACGCCAUUUCCACCUCACCGUCUCCGCUCCAUCGUCAUCGUCCCCUCUCUCCCCUCUCAUCGCCUUGCCUGACCUCGCUUCGUCACACACAGCGGUCGUCGCACCGGUCAUCUUUGGCGCUGCACGUCUUGACCACCUAACAAAUUUGCAUCAGGAGCAAAUUCAGACCCCAUCACGACCACGGCGCAAGCACUUUGUCUUAUACUCUAUCAAGCUGAGGCAUAGCCUCACUGCGCGGCUGAGCUGCUUGCGAGACUCCAUCUACCGUCUCCCUCACCACGCUCUCACCCAACCACUUGACCUGCGGCUCUGCCUUGCCGCGGCCAUCUCCCGUCGUCUUCUACGUCCAGCAAACGUCGGCCAAUCGAUACAUUCAAUCCGCUGACCCUGCCACCUGACCAGCGAGACAUCCGACCAGAGUCGCAUCGCCUCUCCACAUUCUUCCUUCGAUCCGCUUCUUGUCAUUUUCCUCUUUGGGGCGCCUCCACCGCUUGGGCUGUAUAAAAGUCAUGGACAACGGUCGGGGAAGAUCCCCUUCAAGGGGAAGUAUAGGUCAACACAUCAGUCCUCAGCCAUCUCCAGGCAAUUUCCAGGGAAUUGGUGUUGCUGGAGUAGACCCUUCGAUGCAACAAGCCUUCACCACUGGCAAAUUCAACAAUUCAGUCUUCAACGACUCGUUUCUUCAACAGCAGCAACAACACAGUGGGCUCCAGCCCAGCUCGAACAAUCCAAAUUUCUACGAUCCCAACUUCCAACAGAACAACUUUCUAGAUCCUCAAUUCGCAGGUCAGUCGAUUUCUAAUAAUUUCGACAACAGCUUCAUGUAUCAAACCGAUAACAUGACCAACGAGUUCAAGUACCAGUCCGACAGCCUAAACAAUGAUUUCAACCAGGCCUACUUCUCCAACAAUUCUUUUGACCAGGCGCCUCCGACCAAUAUCAAUCCGGCCGACUUGAGCAAGGUUUCUUCACCCCAAGAUCAUCAGUCGCCCAAUUUGCUUCCGCCCGAAGCCAUCAACCCUCAUUCUUCCCAGCCCAACUCUCCCGCAUCUACCAACGGACAAUACUUCACCCCUCAACACUCCCGACACGCCUCCUUGGACCCCUCCAGUGCAUACGGCGAUUCAUUUUCCGGAGUUAGUUUUCAGCAGCAUCGUCGCGCACCCUCAGAUCAUUCUGAUGUUCCCUCGGCCCAACACUCCCCUUUUCUUGGGCAUACUGAAUUGCACAAUAACAGCAGCUCGCCAUUUCUUCAACCCCAGACAGAUACGAGUAAUGCCUUUGGUCUCGAUAGCUUCACCAUUGGCGACCAAGUCGCGGCGUCCUAUCACUCUCCCAGACUGUUGCCUCAUAUGGUGGACAAUCAGCAGUCAGGCCUCGGCCUGAAUCAACCAGAGAUCGCUCUAAAUCAGUCAAUGGUCAUGGCAAACGACUACUCAAACCAGCAGAAUUUCGUUCAGACCAACGUCUUGCCGAGUAACCACCUACGCAACACCUCGGUGGUGUCCGACAUUGGACAGGCAGAUCAGUUUGAACCCCCCACAAUCAACAUUGAACCCGCCCCGGUGUCGAGACAGCAGAGUUUCGGCCUGCAGGAAGGCACCGAAGGCACCCUGAGUCCACCGUCGCAAAACCGCGGCCGCCAUCGAAGCAAGUCCGAUGUCACAUUCACCCGUCCUUUUUCGCGCUCCGUAUCACCUGGCCUUCACCCCACCAAUGCGUCAUCGAAUCUAUCUGUCCACUCGCGCUCACCGGAUCGCGACCGAGGAUCGGCCUCAAGAGAGUCGUCCCCAGGACCUGUGCAAUCUGGACGUAUCGAUAAGAACCGCCGUGCAUCUACCUCGUCUGUUGGCCAAUCUCGUGAUUACAUUCUCGAUCUUGCGGAUCCCAACCGGCCAUCGGCGUCUCCGUCCGGCAGUAGCACUCGAGUUCAAAAACACCCGGCCACCUUCCAGUGUUCUCUCUGUCCCAAACGCUUCACGAGAGCGUACAACCUACGAUCCCACCUGCGAACACAUACCGACGAGCGGCCGUUUGUUUGUACCGUGUGUGGCAAGGCAUUUGCGCGACAACACGAUCGAAAACGCCACGAAGGCCUUCAUUCUGGGGAGAAGAAAUUUGUGUGCAAAGGAGAGCUUCACUCGGCGCCAAAUCAGCAGUGGGGCUGUGGACGACGAUUUGCAAGGGCAGAUGCUCUUGGUCGGCAUUUCCGAUCUGAGGCGGGACGAAUUUGCAUCAAGCCUCUGCUAGAAGAAGAGCGGAUGGAUCGGCAAAACCGAGAGUUGAUGGAACAACAGCAACAACAGCAAGCGCAGUAUGUACAGGGUGCCUUGCAACCCGUCCCUCCGCCGAUGAUGAUGGGAAUGGACCCCAAUAGUGGUGCUGGAGGAUUCAGUCUACCCCGGGCAUUGCUGGCGCAAUAUCCAGCGCUGCAGAACAUCGAUUGGUCCCAAGUGCCGACAACAGAGGACCCGGGUGAGCUGAGUGACGUGGGACUGGGGCGGAAUAGUUUCGAUGCCAGUUCGGGGGGUGAUUUUUACGAUGACGAGGUGGAGCAGGGCUACGUGAGCGCUAGUGGCAUCGACUUCAAGUACCAUGAUGGCUCUCUGGCGCCCGGAGAUGGCUACUUUCAAGGCGCUUGAUUGACAUGGUAUGUCUGCGUGCGUUGAGGACAGCAACAAGGCUCACGUGGACGAGGUCUGAUUUUGAUACAUCUUGAAACAGCGUUCUGCUAGCUUCAUGGCUGGUGGAGUUUUGGGCGUUGGUCCUAUCUCCCUAUUUGUAUGUGGAUCAACAGGAUCGAUUGGAUGGGUCGGGCGCGGUGUAUAGAUUUGGUUGACUGUCGGUCUUUUGGGUUUUUUUCGUGCUAUGAUUCCCCAUCAGUCAUGACUAUGAUUUCAAUUGAAUAGGGAAGUCGGCCUAAGACAUGGCCAGAUAUUAUGUCAUCUGAGUUUCGAAUAUCGUCCAUAUGUCUGCCAAUGAGGCUGAAGAAUGAACGUCGUUGGAACUGCUUUGUCUAUGAUUUUUCUGCCUCUGAUUGAUGGAAACAAGGCCGUGUCUGUUGUGCAAGGUUGUUCAAUGUUGCUCACUAUGGAUGAUAGCCGAUAUACCAGC